AUGGAAGGCGUUUCCGCCACCGUCUACCGAGGAAUCAGAGGCUACUGGCGCCGCAAGGGCUACCAGCGCAUCGCUGGCUCCGGUCACAAGCGGAAGACGCGAGUCGUCGAGCUAGGCGAUUCCGGCGUGGCGACGCGGCGGAGGUCGUGGCGCAUCAGGCUGACGCCGCGGCUGAAGCUGAAGCUCCGAUUCUCGCCGAAGAAGCUGCUGAUAGGGCUGCGGGACGCGUACGUCGGCAUGAUGAUGAAGAUCGCGAACACGAGGAUGAUCGGGAGCGGAUUCGGCGGCGGAUUUGCCGGCGACGGCGUGACCGGAUUCGGUGCGCGGCCGAUCAAGGAGUACGACGAGAGGAUGAUUGUCGAGAUCUACAAAUCGAUUGUGAUGGCGCAGGGCCAAUUGGUGCCUCGCGAUGCAGCUUGGAUUGGCUCUAAAAUCACCUCUCGACAGUAA